GAAGAAGAAGAAGAAGAAGAAGAAGAAGAAGAAGAAGAAGAAGAAGAAGAAGUUGUUACAAUUAGCUGUUAGUGACAGGAUUAGUUGGUUGUGACGUGAGUUUCCACGGCGCCUUGACUUCCAUAUGUGCCAUUAACAGGAGAUAUGAGUAUUUUCCGCCUCCUGGUUCCCCAAAGCAGCGUAUACCAUGGCUGCCUUACGCCUGUCUUGGUCAGAGCACUGAGCUCAGGACCUAACAUCAGCCACAGCCUAAAGGAGAGCUACAGGCUGCUGCAGCUGCCUGACAUUGAGCACUGUAGUCCUGCACAUGUGAAAGAAGCCUAUCUACGCCUGGCCAAGCUUUACCAUCCAGACUGUGGGGCUCCAACUGCAGAUGCAGCACUGUUUGCUCGUGUUGAGGAGGCUUACCGGGCUGUGCUUGCACAUCAGAGCAAGAAAAAGCAGGCUGAUGGAGGGAUGGAAGCAGAUGAUGAGGAUAAGUCUAGAACUGUAGCAUUUCAGCACAGGCGCUACCUCAGUUUUGACGGUAUGGGUUCAGGCACACCAAGCCAGCGUGAACGCCAGUAUAGGCAGAUGCGAGCUGACCAAGCAUCUGAGCAGGUUUUAAAUUAUCGGCACAGAGAGCAUGAGAGGGCAGCAGCUGCAGAGGGAGCACUUCUGGAGAGGGAUGUGCGUCAGCGUAGCCGAAAGAUCAAGAUCACCCAGGCAGUGGAAAGGCUAGUAGAGGACCUUAUCCAGGAAUCCAUGGCUCGUGGAGAUUUCAGGAACCUGAGUGGAGCUGGGAAACCCCUCAACAAGUUUCAACACAAUCCUUUUGCUGAUCCUAUGACACACAACCUCAACCGUAUCCUUAUAGACAAUGGUUACCAACCACCCUGGGUCGUCACACAACGGGACAUUCGAGAGAAAGUCACUCAUAUUCGUAGUAGGUUGUUAGAGGGGAGGACCAGGCUGGGGUAUCCCAUGACAUCUCAGGAACACACACAUUGGGAGCAGCUGUGUGCAUCUGUAGAGGAGGAUCUAGUCAAACUUAAUAAAAUGGUGGAUAACUACAAUCUUAUAGUACCUAUGCUCAGCAUGCAAAUGGUUCACUUCAAGUUGUCUCGAGAAGUGAGCCGUGCUGAGAAAGAAGCUCACCAACACAGACUGGAGCAGCAGAAAGUGGGAAUUCAGGAAAGAGAGAGAAGGAAGGAUGAGAAAAAAAGAACCAACACAGUGACCAAACUUAAAAAUACUAAACAAAGCCCAAUGACUUGGAUAUACAAUUUAUUUAGAUAAAAAUGCUGCUAUUCUGAAUUCCAGUGGCCAGAAAGCAAUGGCUUUGAUUACUGUGAUUUGAUUUUCACUUCGAUGAGGCACGGCUUACAAAGGCUAACAAAGUACAACAUUCUUAGUCAUUUUGUCUGCAUAUUGUCAUACAAUUGGAUGUCAGAGAAAAUACUCCACAACCUCAUUCUACUGUGUGUUGCUUCCACCAUUAUUAUUGGGUUGACCAUUACUGACCAUCCUGCAUUGUCAGUAAGUGUGAAUGAACAGUACUGCCCUGCCACGGUUGUUCUCAUUUUGAAGUGUGAUGUGUGGAGAAGUAAAUGUAAUGUUAACACAGGGUUUCAGAGGGAUUGAGUUUUAUGAUAACUGCAAAAAUAUCACAGUUAUGUGGUGUAUUUGUGUGCUCUCACAUAAUUACCAUUACCAGUUGCACUGAAGGGAAGGAAGCAAUUGCUGAAACAUAAAACCAUUUUAAAGUGUGUUAAAAGUUUCAUUUGGAAAAUAAAUGAAAUUAUUAAGACA